CAAAUAUGGCCGGACGGAAGGAUCAAAGAUUCAUCAGAGCAGGCUGAGGCUGACGGUCCGAGAGUGCCUGGAGGUGGAGCUGAUAAGGCAAGCGCUGUAUAGAUAAUACGUUCAAAUCCAUCAAUCAGCUGCGGCGGCGGACAAGUGGUUGGUGGCCGGCAAUGCUCAGCCUUGCAGGAUUUCCACCGCCCUGCAACGCCAUUCCUCAGUUUCUUCCUUCUCCGACCAAGACCCAGCUCUUUUUUCACUCGCACAGACCGACCCAUCACUCCUUUUACCCUUUUCUCGGACGAUUCCGUACUGGGUUUUAUGUUUCUUCCCUAAAGAGUCGCGGAAAUGGAGGCCAUACCCUCCUGGAAAUGGGCGGUUUUGACGACGACGACGGGGAGGACGAAGACGGCGACGGGGAGGACGACGAGGAGGACUUGCCUUUGAGGAGUAUGAAGGACUGGCUUGAGAACAAGCCUCGUGGGUUUGGCGAGGGGAAGGUGUAUGACACUUCAAUUGAAGACAAGUUGCUCGACGAAAUGCUGCAGAGUAGGGAAGCUCAGGCUGCCAAUAUCAAUGAGCUCAAAAACAGCCCUCAAGAAGCCAAUUCCAGCAAAGAAGUUGACCUCAAGCAGAGAGCCCCUGAAGUUGUUCCUAGUGCCAUUUGUGUACGAGUAGUCAAUCUUCCUAAGAAAAAGAACAUCGACAGGGAUCUGCAGCGGUCUUUUAAAGGAGUUCCUGGGAUUGAGAGUAUAAUUCCAGCUGUUUCUGGAAAUAAAAAGACAAGGGAUCCUAUAUGCAGGGGCUUUGCCUUCAUUGGCUUCAAGUCUGAGAAGGAUGCAAAAAGGUUUGUAGAGAUGUUCUCAGGCCAAAGCAUAAGUUUUGGUAAGAUUGAGAAGCAGAUACGAUGUGAGAUUAUGAAUGCAAAAUCUCCCACCUCUGCAGAUGAACACUCAGCAAACCAAAGCUACAAUGCUUCCCAACUAGAAAUAGCCAGCUUGGAAGAAGUCCCAGAUGUUGAUUUUGACAUUGAUAACGGUUCCUCAGAUUCUUGGGAGAUAGUUUCCUCUGAUGAAUCCGAGGGUCGAGAUGAUGAAAAUGUACCGCCCCAAGGGGAAGAAGAUAGUGAAAAUUUGAAACCUUACAGUUUAUCCGAGCAGAGUUUAGGUGACAGUUUGGGAACUAGAACUGAAUCGUUUUUAGAACCGUCUUCAAAGAAGCACGAACAUGUCCAGGCAAAAAAGAAAAGACCAGAAUCCAAAAGAAAGAGGACAAAAGCUUUGAAACUGAAAGUUCCAGGAUCUGCAAACAGGUUAAAAAUCAAGGAGAAAGCUGUUCUAAGUGGUGUCCUCUCCAAAUAUUCAGAACAAGCUGCUUUAGCUUCAAAGGAACAGCCUUGAGAUUCAGUUCUUGCCUCUUGGUAUACUUAAAUAUGCAGGCCUAGUCCUUUUUCAAAGUACCAAAUGGUCCAAUAGGUGAGCCAUUUGCCACCAGUGGAAAUUAGGUAACAGAUUGAUUCUGUUUGGUUGUGAUUGGUCUGCUAUUCCAGGCCAUGGGGCUCAUCUGAUCUCCCUGGGUUGUCUUUGUUCCCCCAAACCCCAGAACUAAAGGUAUCAGAGCAGGGAACCCAAUCCUGACUGUCUUGAGAAGGUGAAGCCAUUGUUUGUAUUCUUGUUAAUGACUUCAUCCAAACAAAGGACUAUACCAGUUGUGUUUCAUGGGAGACCAAGUGCUUGUUUGUGUUUGGUUAUA